CAUCACAAGAGCCGCACCGGUGCUGGGGUGAAAGGAAAGAAGGAUAGGCAACGCCCGACUUCGAAGUCCGCAGCGGGCUUCGUUGCGUGUGCGCCGGACACGCCGCUAAGUGAGUGUCUGCAGCGCAUUCUGCGCCAACGCGCGCGCCGCAUUGUCGUGCUCGCGGAAAAGGAGGCGCGCGACCUGAGCGUUGUGGCCAUACUUAACCUGCAGCAGGUGCUUGCCUAUCUUGGUGCUGUCUUCUUAUCGAUUGAAGCCGCUGGCAGCGGGCGUCGGGUCGUGGGCGCAGCGGGCGAUGUCGCCGCCGGCGUCACUGCUGGGGCGGCGGCG